CCGACGCCCUCACGCCCGACUCGCGGCUCCCAACCGCAGCGAGCGAGUCGUCCCUCUCCUCUCGCCGCCCCGCUCCCCUCCCCUCCGCUAGGGUUCCCCACUCCGCCGCCCCGCCCCGCCCGCGCCGCCCCGCUAGGGUUCCCCACUCCGCCGCCGACCCCGCCCACCGCCCAGCCCCGUCGCCCCUCCCCCCGACGCCACCCAGAAUUACACACAUACACACAUACAUCCGAGCCGACGCCAGCCUUCGGUCGCGGCCGGUGGUUCGCCGCCGACCGCCGCCUCACGCCGCCCGCUCCCGUCCCGCCCCGCUCCGGCGCCGCGCCCCUCCCGCCUCGGCCCCGCCCGCGGUCCCUGGGCGCUGUUUCCCCGAGGUAUCGUUCCUCCUGUUAUCCGUGUCGUUUGAUGCGGUUUAAUGGCGAGUAAUAUGCAGACUCCUGGUCCGCCUCAGCCCCCCCGGCCUCCUAUGAUGGGUUCUACCGCGCCACAAAAUAUGGGACAACCAAUGCCCAUGCAGUGGCCACCAGGUCCGCCACAACAGCCUCCUCAGUUCAUGCAACCAGCGCCACAACAGUAUCGGCCUGUUGGUCAGGCCAUGCCAGGAGUUAACAUGGGCAUGCCAGGGCAGAUGCAACAUUUUCAGCAACCUGGGCCACAUAUUCCUCACUCUGGUCAUGUUCCGCCUGCAUCGCAAGCUGUUCCUAUGCCGUACCAGGCAGCUAGACCUAUGUCAUCAGCUCCUAUGCAGCCACAGCAGCAAGCUGUAUUCCCUGGUGGACUUAUGCCCACCAUGGGCACCCCUAUGCCGCCUCCUUCUUAUACCUAUCAACCAACAUCGGUUCCUCCUGGAUCUCAACCCUGGGGCACAGCCCCGGGUCAGGGCGCACCUCUUGUGUCGCCGAUGGUGCAGCCUGGGCAUCAGUCUCUCUCAGCUUCAGUGCCCCCAGUGAGCUCAACUGAACCUAGCUCUGCGGAUUGGCAAGAGCACAGUUCAGGGGAUGGAAAGAAGUACUAUUACAAUAAGAGGACAAAGCAAUCAAGUUGGGAGAAACCUGCUGAGUUGAUGACCCCUUUGGAGCGGGCUGACGCUUCAACUGAAUGGAAAGAAUUUACUACAGCAGAAGGACGGAAGUACUAUUACAACAAAGUGACAAAGCAAUCCAAAUGGUCUAUUCCUGAUGAGCUAAGGAUUGCACGUGAAUUAGCAGAGAAGACAUCAAAUCAGCAGCCUGUCCGGGAGAUUGAAUCCACUGCUGUUGCCCCUGUUGGAUCCACUUCUGUUGCCCCUGUUGGAUCCACUUCUGUUGCCCCUGUUGGAUCCACUUCUGUUUCUGUGGAGCCUUCCUUACCUGCCAAACAGUCUUCAUCUUUAGUAGGAACAAUUGCUCCAAGCUCCCAUGAUGCGAUAGCAAACUUGCCUCCUCCUGGUGCUGGCCCGUCGUACAAUGGGGAUAUAUCUUCUUCUAGUUCCAUGCAAAACGGUGGAACAAGUGCUGCUGUGGUUGCCCCUGUUACAACGAGCACGGGAAUUCCAUCAGUUGCAAGUGAUGCAGGGACAAACAGAAGCACUUAUGGAAGUUCAUCUCUACCUAGUACUACUGACACAAAAGUUGGAGCAUCUGCUGAAGAUUUGGAGGAGGCCAAAAAGACAAUGCCAACUGCAGGGAAGAUCAAUGUUACUCCGCUGGAGGAUAAAACAAGUGAAGAAGAACCUGUUGUUUAUGCUACUAAGUUGGAAGCAAAGAAUGCAUUCAAGUCCCUGCUUGAAUCAGCAAAUGUUCAGUCUGAUUGGUCAUGGGAUCAGGCCAUGAGAGUUAUUAUAAGUGACAAAAGAUAUGGUGCUCUGAAAACUCUUGGAGAGAGAAAGCAAGCUUUCAAUGAGUACUUAAACCAGCGGAAAAAGAUUGAAGUUGAGGAGAGGCGUGUCAAGCAAAGGAAAGCACGUGAUGAUUUUCUCACAAUGCUGGAAGAAUGUAAGGACCUUACAUCAUCACUGAGAUGGAGCAAAGCAAUUACUAUGUUUGGGCAUGAUGAAAGGUUCAAUGCUGUUGAACGCCCCAAGGAGCGUGAAGAUUUAUUUGAGAACUAUCUCGUGGAGCUGCAAAAGAAGGAAAAAGCAAAGGCUGCUGAAGAGCACAAAAGACGCAUAGCAGAAUAUAGAGAAUUUCUUGAGUCAUGUGAUUUCAUCAAGGCAAACUCCCAGUGGCGAAAAGUUCAAGAUCGGCUAGAGGAUGAUGAACGCUAUGCCCGACUUGAGAAGAUUGACCGCUUGGAUGUUUUUCAAGUUUGUAUCUUCUGCACUCUAUAUCAGUUUUUCUCAUUUUGUGGUUUAACAAAACAUCUCUGUUUGUUACAGGACUAUAUAAGGCAUCUUGAGAAAGAAGAAGAAGAACAGAAGAGAAUUCGGAAGGAGCAAUUAAGGAGACAGGAACGGAAAAACCGCGAUGAGUUUCGGAAGAUGAUGGAAGAACAUGUUGCUGAUGGCACACUUAAUGCAAAAACUUACUGGCGUGACUACUGUUCACAGAUAAAAGAUUCACGUGCUUACCUGGCAGUUGCUUCAAACUUGUCUGGCUCGAUGCCAAAAGAACUCUUUGAUGAUGUCAUGGAGGAGCUUGAUAAGCAGUAUCAAGAUGAUAGGGCUUUAAUUAAAGAUGAAGUGAAAUCUGGAAAGAUUCCUAUGUUGGCCUCAUGGACAUUAGAGGACUUCCAAGCUGCUGUUACUGAGGAUGAAAAAUAUAAAGGAGUGUCGAACAUAAAUAUCAAGCUUAUUUAUGAGGACCAAAUUGAAAGGCUCAAGGAAAAGGAUCUAAAGGAGGCCAAGAAGCGUCAGCGACUGGGUGAUAAUUUUCUGGAUCUACUGUAUUCAAUCAAGGAAAUUACUGCUGCUUCAACAUGGGAUGAUUCUAAAUCACUAUUUGAUGAUACCCAGGAAUACAGGGAUCUGGGUGGCGAGACAUAUGCUAAAGAGCUUUUUGAAGAGUAUAUUGCCCGCCUCAAAGAAAGGCUUAAAGAGAAAGAGCGCAUGAGGGAAGAAGAGAAGGCGAAGAAAGAGAAAGACCGUGAAGAGAGAGAAAAGAAGAAAGAGAAGGAAAAGGAAAAGAAGGAGAAAGAUCGCAAAGACAAAGAAAGAGACCGAGAGAAGGAAAGAGAAAGGGAAAAAGGAAAAGACCGGUCAAGGAGAGAUGAAAUGGAUAUUGAUGAUGAUGUGGAAAUUCAUGCCUCAAAAGAUAAGAAACGAGAGAAGGAUAAAGAAAAGAAGCAUAAAAGGCGCCACCAUGACACCACAGAUUCUGAAAGGGAUGAGAAGGAUGACUCGAGGAAAUCUCGAAGGCAUAGCAGUGAUCGCAAGAAAUCUAGGAAGCACACCCAUGCUUCAGACUCAGAUAGUGAAAACCGGCAUAGAAGACACAAAAAGGAUCGAGAUAGUUCCCGCAAAAAUGGUGGGCAUGAGGAGCUUGAAGACGGUGAACUUGGAGAAGAUGGGGAGAUCCGUUAGGCUUUGCUUUUACCUCCAAGAUUUGAUGCCUGGUUUUACUGGCAAGAUGUUCCGAGUAGAGAUGCAAGCGGCGCCGCUGCAACUGCCCUGUUCGGCUGGCCAAAUCAGCUGUAGUAGUUUUUUCGUGUCAUUAGUAUAAUUUGUACUGUGAUAGCUGCUUAACUGGCUGUUGCUGGCGCACCUCUUGCAUCCUAGUUUUGAGGGUAGCUAUCAUCAACUUGAUUUCUACGCUGAAGUAUAUACAUGUUUGUGUGUGUGUGUGUGUGUGUGUUAUUAAUCCUUGUAACCCAGCCGUUCUGAUUGUUGUGUGUUAAUGCUUGUAACCCAGCUGAAGAGGGUUAGCUGUUGGCCAUGGUGUGCAGCUUAUAUAUUAUUGACCGGUAAGGUUUAUGCAUUCUGUU